AUGAGCGCGGAGGAACGUAAAACCGGAAGACGAGCCUCGAGGGGAUUCCCCGAACGGUCGAAAAACGUCUGUAUCUCGUACUUGCAGGCCAGAGGGUCGAAUCACAUCGGAAUCCUCCGCGGGACCGAAUGGAACACGAGUCGGGACGAGAUCCUGGUGCUGGGCGCCCACUACGACACGGACGGAUCCGUGACGUCGGGGAUGAACGAUAACGGCUCAGGAGUCUUGGCUCUUCUCAAGACUGCCGAGCACCUCAAGAAUCUACCCGACUGCUCCCGACCGUCGCGGACCGUGCUCUUCGUUGCCUUCGACUUCCAGAUUCGCGAAUACGCGGAGGAGAGCGGUGGAACGAAGAAUCGGCUGCCGGGCAGCAAGGUCUUCGUCGAAGAGUUUCUCGUUCCUCAUCUCGAGAGAUCGGGUGGGAAAUUCCUCGGUGCCAUCAUCUUGGACUCCGUCAUGAACCAUAACGACACCCCCUUUUCCCAGAUCCUUCCUCGGGGAUUCCAACAGACUUUUCCAGAAGCCCACGAAUCGAUCGAGCGGGGGGAGCGACGGGGAGAUUUUCUUCUCGCCGUUGGGAGAGAAGGGGAAGAACGGGAUCUCAUGGUUUCCCUCAACAACGCCUGGAUGCCCUCUUCUUCGGGAUCGACUUCAUCCGAUGUCUUCAAGAUCCAUUCCGCCUGGGUGAAACGGGGGAAUGCGAAUCCCUCCGAUGGCCUUCUGGAGUUCCUCAGACAGGAUCAUUUGCCUUUUUGGCAUCAAAUCUUGUCUUCGUCUUCGCGUCGUUACCCGGCCGUCCUUCUCACCGACACCGGCCGAUGGAGGGGGAAGGGAAGCGCGUGUCGGACGCCGAACUGCGAUCCCGUCGAGGACUUCCUCACUCCUGGGAGACUGGGGAUGCUGAAGCAGACUGUGAAGGCGUUCGCUCGCCUCGCGUCUCAAGGAGGCUGCGCCAGCGCUGCAGGAGAAUCACAUGAAUCCUUCUCCAAUCCGAUUGCCCCUCCAACACAUGACCAUCAUGAGGACUUCAAGGAAUCACAUCGCCUGACAAAUGAAGACUUCAGGAAGCUGUUGAUGACACCCAGGGCAACACCUGCUCAUUCCUCAGUUACCCAGACUCCAAUUCCUCACCAUGCACAUCAUCAACGGAUUGAUGUGAAGAAGGAGAAUUCAGCCAACUUAGAGAAAAGGAAACAAAAGAAGAGGUUCAGUUGGUUUUUUGUGUCCACAUUAAGCAAAUCAACCAUCACGUUACUGCAUAGCCUAGAUUUUGUUGAUCUAUGCAGUUAUUAUGCCAAGUUGAAGCGGGAUGAGGAAGACACUUUGGCAGAGUUGGCAAAGAAGUAUCGUGACCGAGCGCAAGAGAGACGUGAGGGGAUUUCAGGAACAGAGCAAGAGGAUCCCCUUCAAAUGUCUGCUGGAUACAGGGCUGUUGCUCCUGAUCUGAAAUCUGGGAUGGAUGCAGCAGAGAGAAGACGGCAAAUGAUCCAAGAAUCUAAGUUUUUGGGUGGAGAUAUGGAACACACUCACUUGGUGAAAGGUCUCGAUUAUGCUCUUCUCCAAAAGGAGGAAGAAGAUGAGCUUGAAAAGCUUGCUACUGGUACUGACAAGAAGGCUGCAGCUGUGAAAAAGGAAGAAGAGGAGGAAAACCUGCAGUUCAAAACAAAACUUGGAAGGAGUGUUUACAGGAUUUUGUUCAAGACCAUGCAUCAAGAACGGAAUGAACUGUUCUUGCCAGGAAGAAUGGCUUACAUCAUUGACUUGGAAGAUGAGUUUGCAGAAAGUGACAUUCCAACUACUCUAAUCAGGAGCAAGGCUGAUUGUCCUAAUAUUGAUUCUGCAACCACGAUGACCACCAAUGACAUUGUCAUCAACAAGCUGACUCAGAUCUUGUCAUACCUACGUCAUGGUCAUCGGAGCAAGAAAAAGCAGAAGAAAGAGCAGGAACGUUUGAAGACAGAUGAAAAGGGUAAAGCAGUGGAGGACACUAUAUAUGGAGAUAUUGGUGAUUAUGUUCCUAGCCUUAAUAAAUCAGACAAGGAUCGUUCUCGAGACAGGUAUCCGGUGAAUGAGAUGGAAGCUGAGGAGAAGCAGAGAGACAAGGAACGAGACAAGCAGUAUGACUGGAGGAAUGUGAAGGUGGAGAAGGACACUCCUGCUGAGACCAAACAGCAGCCUGGAAAAGGGAAAAGUCGGCGUGAGUUGGAGAUUCUGUCGCGAUCUGUGCCAGAGGGUUAUGCUGAGUGCUAUCCUGGUCUGGAGGAGAUGAAUGAUGCCAUUGAAGACAGUGAUGAAGAGGUGGAUUACACAAAAAUGGACAUGGGAAACAAGAAGGGGCCCAUAGGGAGGUGGGACUUCGAGACACAAGAAGAAUAUAGUGAUUAUAUGAGUAGGAAGGAAGCCCUUCCAAAGGCUGCCUUCCAAUAUGGAGUGAAGAUGGCUGAUGGUCGAAAGACAAGAAGAAUCCCCAAAUCUGAGAAGAAUGAGAGGGCAGAAUUAGACCGAGAGUGGAAGAAAAUCCAGCGAAUCAUUGAGAAGAGGAAAACUGAUGGUUCUGGCUUUGGACUCUUGAAAUCAACACUAACAGAGAAUGACUGGCGUUUGGACUAUUCCACCCAAAAUUUGCAAGUAUGGACAAAGGCCUCUCCAUUCACUCAUUGGAACAUGAUCAAGCUGAAGGCCUCAUUCCCAGAUAUUGAUGCAUCAGUUAUGUUCGAUGUCCUCCUUGAUCCGGAGUACAGGAAGGUUUGGGAUCGUCAUGUUGUCAUUUCUGAAGACAUUGGUUAUCUAGAUGCCAACAAUGAUGUUGGCUAUUAUGCUGCCACGAUGCCAUUCUCGUUCCUGCGCUGGAGCCUCACGGAAGAAUCGACGAAAUUCAAUCAUGGCAUCUAA